AUGGCCACAAAGGAUGGAAAUCUUUUCCUGUUUGAAUUGGCAACAAAUGAAAUGCUUGAUAUGGUGGCGAAAGCCCAUGAUGGUGCAAUUUGGCAACUGGUGUCAACACCCGAUAAGAAAGGAUUCAUCUCAUGUGGAAUGGACAAGAAGGUCCAAUACUGGAAUUACGAGCUUGUAACUGAGGGAACGAGGUAUUUUUUGCAAAUUUUUUUUUUCCCAAAGAGCUGUUUGUGA